UUUUUUUUGGUAGUCUGCACAUGCGCACAAAGAUUGUUUUGUAGGACUUCCAAGAUGGCGGAGGGCAUCACUGAUCUGCGAGAGAAGCUGCAAAACAGAGACCGUCUGCCGCAGAGACUCACCAUGCAGGGCAGUCGGAAGCGCCGACGGAGUGCAGACGACUUGGAAUUUCAGCAGGACAGGCACGAGCCCGGGAUCAGCGACAGGUCCGCCAGACAGAAGGACUUCAACUCACCACCCAAGGAUCGGCAAGAGGAGCUGCGCAGAAUCCACCAAGGCAUCCGCCAGCGCAUUCUUUUUUCACACGAGGAAUGUGAGAAAAUUGAGGAUAAAAUCGAGGAAAUCAUUCGACGAGCAGACAGAGGGUGCUACAAGGAGCACACCGUUGACAGAGCACCGCUAAGAGUCAAGUACUUCUUCGGCGAGGGUUACACGUACGGGUCGCAGUUGGAGAGGAAGGGACCCGGCAUGGAGAGACUGUACUCAAAAGGCGACGUCGAUGACAUCCCGGAUUGGAUCUUCAAAAUGGUGGUCAGCAGGUUGGUUGAAGCCAAGAUCAUACCAGAAGGCUUUGUAAACAGCGCGGUUAUCAACUGUUACUUGCCGGGAGGCUGUAUCGUCUCGCAUAUCGACCCGCCCCACAUCUUCGCCCGCCCGAUCGUGUCCGUGUCGUUCUUCAGCGACAGCGCGCUGUGCUUCGGCUGCAAGUUCAGCUUCAAACCCAUCCGGGUCUCCAAGCCGGUCCUGUGUCUUCCUGUAGCCAGGGGCUGCUGCACGGUACUCAGUGACUAUGCGGCAGAUGAGAUCACACACUGUGUGCGGCCACAGGACAUCAAACAUCGACGAGCAGUCAUUAUUCUCAGACGUGUUCGUGAUGAUGCCCCCCGCCUGGGCCCCAACACGGAGGUACAGAUGGUCCACGUCAAUCAUGACAGAGGAGAGGAGAACAACAGGGACAGUACAGACCACAGACGGAGCACCUUUCAUUCAGAUUCGAGCUCCAGACAUGGCAGUUUCCACUCCAUGAACCGUAUUGUCAUCAAAGGCCCAAAGCUGGACGUGGAUCAUGUCAGCCCGCGGGAGAGACAGCAGCCCGCGGCAGAGAGACAGCAGCCCGCGGCGGAGAGACAGCAGCCCGCGGCGGAGAGACAGCAGCCCGCGGCGGAGAGACAGGUGGUGUCUCAUCUCAGCAGCUCGGCCUCGCGCCGCAGGGUCAAGUUAUACAGGCCCAAACAUCUGUAGUUCCACCAGCAUCCUAUAUACAACAUACCUUCAAUCUACAUGUGUAGGGCUUAAAGGUAUCCAAGGCAAGCUCAGGGUGGUAAAAUGUUCUUGAUGAGGAAAUCUGUUUGAUUGACAUAUUAUAUUAUAUUAACAUUUACUGCCAUUUCUGAGCACUUUUUUUUCAUCAUCUUAUACUAUUUUAUAAGCGUUUAAAA